AUGUGGGAAAAGUGGGUGGCGGCCGGCAAUACGGAGAAGGGGCGUCCUUCGACGAACGGCCGCUGUAUUGAUCAGCCCGGAGGAGGAAAAUGGCGCACGCCUGGGCAGCUGAGUCGAUUAGCGUCGGGAGGGGGGUGGGCAACCGGAGGGGAGAGGCGCGCUCAGUUUGCGUGUCGCCGUGGUGGCACCCACACCGGCAACAUGUGGACAGCCGCCCUGGGGCAGCAGGCGCCAGUCAUUGGCUGGUCCUACAUGCACCUGCGCGGCAUGGGUAUGGAAAGCAACGGGUGGCGGGCGACGGUGUUUGAGCCCGAGGGGACCACGAUCGGCCUGAGGCUCGCUCAGGGGGCGUUCCAGGAGGGGAAGGCAACAGAGGGAGAAUGGUGA